CCGCAUAAAGCAGUUUUAGAAUAUAAAAUUGUCAGUAUGAAAUUGUCAUCUUGCCUUUAUAUUUUAUUUUGAUAUUGUUUUUAAAUAUGAUUUUUGUAAUUAUGCUUUAAUUUUUGUUCUAAAUAUGUCACAAGAAAUUAGAAAAAUAUAUUCAAAUAUUCACGGAAGAUCUUCGUCGGCAACCAUUGAUAAAGGUAGAGUGACAUACUGUACUGAUUUGGAGAAAUCUGUAAUUAUAAGCAAUUUUGAACGUCGAGGUUGGAUACAAGUGGCUCCAGAUGACGAGUGGAAUUUCUAUUGGGCCUUCACGCAAAAUUGUAGGUCUAUUUUCAGUAUCGAUAGCGGAUAUAGAAUGAACGAUAAUCAAAUGAUAAAUCACUUUCCCAACCAUUACGAGUUGUCCCGGAAAGAUUUAUUGGUGAAAAACAUCAAAAGGUACAGAAAGGAACUUGAAAAGGAAGGCAAUCCUUUGGCAGAAAAAACCGAAGUACCACUGCUUAAUGGCCAAGUAGUCACUCGCUACGUUCACCUUGAUUUUAUACCGGUUACUUAUGUUUUGCCAGCCGAUUAUAAUAUGUUCGUUGAAGAGUAUAGAAAAUCUCCACAAAGUACUUGGAUAAUGAAGCCGUGUGGAAAAUCUCAGGGCGCGGGAAUUUUCUUAAUAAACAAACUUUCCAAACUGAAGAAGUGGUCUCGGGAAGCGAAAACACCAUUUCACCCUCAACUCAGCAGUAAAGAAAGUUAUGUAAUAUCGCGUUACAUUGACAACCCUCUCUUGAUCGGUGGCAAGAAAUUCGAUCUGAGACUAUAUGUCUUGGUAACAUCAUUCCGACCGUUGAAAGCCUAUUUAUUUCAACACGGGUUUUGUAGAUUUUGUACGGUAAAGUAUGAUACAAGUGUAACUGAAUUGGAUAAUAUGUACGUACACUUGACAAACGUAAGUGUACAGAAACAUGGCGGAGACUACAAUAGUCUACAUGGUGGAAAGAUGAGCGUUCAAAAUUUAAAAUUAUUUUUGGAAGGGACUCGUGGACGUAGUGUGACAGAAAAAUUAUUUGCAGAAAUGCAGUGGUUAAUUGUUCAUUCUUUAAAAGCUGUAUCUCCAGUAAUGGCAAACGAUCGACAUUGUUUCGAAUGCUACGGUUAUGAUAUAAUCAUUGAUAAUAUGCUGAAGCCUUGGUUAGUAGAAGUAAAUGCUUCUCCAUCAUUACAAUCAACGACCCACAAUGAUAGAAUAUUGAAACAUAAGUUAAUUGAUAAUAUUGUAUCAGUAGUUGUACCUCCUGACGGUAUACCUGAUGCAAGAUGGAAUAAGAUCCCUGAUGCUGAUGCAUUGGGAGAUUUUGAACUUUUGAUCGAUGAAGAAUUAAUGGAAAAAGAAGAUUUAAGUUCGCGGUAUAAUAAAUAUCACCGUUUCAAACUAUAAUACCGUUUGGGGUUUGUUUAUAUUCAAUAUAUUUUUGCUUUAAAUUAAAUAUAUACACUUAU